UGAAAUCUGUUUUUAUUUAACUGUUACAAUAAUAAUAAUAAUAGCAUAUUAUAAUAUCCACGCGUUAUUGAUUUUUACACAAUCAGCGAUAACUCAUUAAUACGACUCGUAACGCGUGACCGCGAGUGAAAGUGAACGUGUAUGCGGCUCGUGUGAGAUAGAAAAUUCAAUAAUAAUAAUAAUAAUAAUAAUACUCUACUACUACUCUGCUGCUAUUACUACUACUACUACUACUACUACUACUACUACUACUAAUAAUAAUAAUAAUAAUAUAACAACAACGACGUCGACUGAGCGGUGCGCGUACAGAAAGAAAGUGGAUACGCUCGUUCCGUGACAUUGUAUACACGCGCAGGAAUCCAAGGUAAACUGCUGCUGUUACUCCUGUUAUCGAAGUGAUAGUUUUUCGAGCUAUAUACUCGCGAAUACGAUUAUUAUACAUUAUUAUUAUUUGCUCGGGCCAAGCCCUAUUUGCCGUAUCACACACACACACACGUACGCGCCGACUUUGCACACGCGCGGGUGAAAGAAGAAAGUGGCGGACAUUCGAGCGUAAGAUUCGUGGCGCGCAUUCCUCCGAUAUUCGUCGGCCGUCGUCAAAACCGUCAUUCGUCAUCGUCUUCACACCGUCGUCGUCGUCGUCGUCUUGAUCCGCCGUCGUCUUGAUCGUCAUCGUCAUCAGCGUCAUCGUCAUCAUCAUCAUAAUCAUCAUCAUAAUCGUCGGAUGUUACGCAACAACAGCGAUAGUAUAGUUAUCGUCGCAUUGCACCGCGGCCUUACGGGUCAAUGUCGUAUCGUCGAAACGCCACCGAAACGCCGCGACAACCACGUCAGAUCGUCAUCGUCGUGUUGACGACUACGUUAUAGCGCUCGUUCAAGCAAAAGACCCCAAGCAAGCAGCAGACGACGGGCGUAGCGAUAUCAGAAAAAAAAAAAUAGAAGAAAAACAUACACACACACACACCCACACACGUCGUUAUCGUUGACCACCGAUAUAACGAUAUACAUAUAUACAUAUAUACAAAUAUCGCGCGGUUGAUUGCGAGCGCGUUGCCAUGAGGUCAUACUCCAUAAUCGUCAGUGUCAUAGUGAUGCAGUUGUUGUACUGCAACGGCUCCUCGUCGUCCGGCGGCCACGCGGAUUCCACCCCGGUCGACUACCCGUCGGACGCGCCAUCGGCGGCCGUCCGAUCCUCCGACGGCGGGCCACGUCACCGGGCGGACCGCGGCGACGCGGACGGAGACGGCGGAGGCGACAGGCCGGACGCGUACGGCGACGGUAUCCGCCGCACGGUGAACACUUAUCGUCACGUCAGCGACGGCACGUCUUCGUCGGCCACCGACGGCGGCGGUUGGAUCAUCGGCGGCAGCCGUCGUCGGGCGUCGCACAAGUACUACCACCAGGACAAAGCGGCGGCGUUUGCGGGCGGCGAGACGGUCGACAACGAGCGGCGGGAACCGGCCGACGACAAGCCGCACCACCAGCAACAGUGGCCGGUGGCCGCCGGCGUCGGGCCGGACGCCGCGUCGUCGCUGUCCGAGGUGCAGGUGGUCGUGCACCAGCCGCCGCACCGCAACUCGGUGGCCGACGGCGACGACCACCAGCAACCGGCGUCGUCGUCCGACGUCGCGUCCAAGUGGUACUCGAAGCGCAUGUCGUACGCGACCAAGACGUCUCUGGCGGCCGCGUCCGCCACCGCGGCCACGCCGUCGCUGUCGUUGCAGCAGCAGCAGCAACAGCAGCCGGACGCCGUGGGAAGUAACGCCGUGCUGUUGGCCGAAGUGCUCGGGCAAAAGUCUGGUUUCAACACCACCGCCGGCAAAGGCGGAUACUACGGCGGGCCGACCGUCACCGGUUCCAAAGGCUUUCAAAACGAACUCAUGGACAUGUUGGGUAAAAUGAUACCACAGACUUGUUGGUACAACAGCAACAAAUUCGAUUGCGGGCUUAGUAUUUCGUGCAUGCUCGAGGGUGGAAAACCAGUGGACUUGUGCAGUGGUGGCAUGAUAUGGAGCUGUUGCGUGUCCAGAGAUAAAAUCCAGGCAUCCGGAUCUUCUUCGUCGUCAUCAUCGUCGUCAUCGUCCGUGACGGCAGCGUCGAAUUCGGUGGGAACAAUAGAAAAUGCUACUAUACAGUUCCUGAUGCAAUACCCCGAAUUCCAACACCACUACAACAUGUAUAUGCACCAACAACAUCAAUAUCAGCAUCUGCAGCAACAGCAACAGCAACUACAACAACACCACCACAACCAUCAGCCCGCGACGGUGGCGAGUUACGUGGACAACUACAUCAACGACAUAAGUCCGUCGUCGCAGCCUUUCGUCGCCGACCAAACGGCCAAACCGUCGUACUAUUACCAGCAAGAACACCAGCAUUAUCACCCUUAUUACUAUCAGCACCAUCAAAGUGGCGUUGGCGGCCAUUGGCAGCUCAACAGCGGGGCGGUCAGCAGCACGUCGACCAGCACGACUUUACCGCCCACGUCACAAAACAUGAUGUUCCACACCGAUCACGGUAACGUGUUUUAUUCUACGCACAAACCACCGCAACUGGCGCCGUUUUCUCUCAUCACUCAAAUCGGCAGCGGCAUCGUUGCCGACGAUCAACUACAGCAGCAACAACAACAACAACAACAACAACAACAACAGCAACUGCAGCAGCAGCAACAACAACAGCAACCGCAACAACAGCAGAGUCAAUUGUUGCACUACAUGCCGUCCGGAUAUCGCGGUUGUGGAGAAUUAUAUGCAAGAAGCCAUAGAAUCGUGGGUGGACAUGGAUCAAACUUUGGUACACAUCCGUGGCAGGCCGCUAUCAUCAAGUCAGGGUUUUUGUCAAAAAAAUUGUCGUGUGGAGGUGCUCUUUUGAGUAAUCGAUGGGUAGUUACUGCUGCACAUUGCGUGGCCACCACGGCGAAUAAUAAUCUAAAAGUACGGCUCGGUGAAUGGGAUGUACGAGAUCAAUCAGAAAAGUACGCACACGAAGAAUUCAAUGUGGAGCGAAAAGAAGUACAUCCACAGUACAGUCCCACCGAUUUUCGUAAUGACGUCGCGUUAGUCAAAAUUGAUCAUGACGUAACGUAUAAGCAGCACAUUAUUCCAGUGUGUUUGCCAAGUUCUGCAGCUAAAUUGGUCGGAAAGACAGCCACAGUAGCUGGUUGGGGUCGUACUCGACAUGGAGUUGCAACAGUUCCUACGGUUUUACAAGAAGUGCAAGUCGAGGUGAUACCGAAUGAAAGAUGCCAAAGGUGGUUCCGGGCGGCUGGUCGGAGGGAAACGAUUCAUGAUGUGUUCCUGUGUGCGGGUUACAAAGAAGGUGGUCGAGACAGUUGUCAGGGCGAUUCUGGCGGCCCGUUGACAACGAUGCUGGAUGGACGGAAAACUCUAAUCGGAUUAGUCUCCUGGGGAAUCGGUUGCGGCCGUGAACAUUUACCUGGAGUGUACACCAAUGUACAGCGUUUCGUACCAUGGAUCGACAAAGUAAUGGCGUAAUAGCAAUAUUCAAGUUUAUAAUCUUAUAUUAUGCAAACAUUGAGCUAUUAAAUUUAAAUUUAUUUAAUGUAAUUAUAAAUUAUUCAUAUUUAUGAGUUGUUGUAAGCAGGUACAAUUUACCAUUGAUUUUAUUUAUUUAUUUAUGAAAUUAAACUUAGAACCUUAAUAUAUUAUUUAUGUAAUA